AUGGCUGGCAGUGUAGACCCCUUGGUGGAUGUGGUGGGAGCCAAGGCAACCCCCGAAAUGGGUGAGGGACUGACCAGACCUCUCUCAGCCUCUCCUUACCUGGAAGGUGGCUGUCACAGCUCAUUUGGUGUGGUGUUGGCACUCUAUGUAUACGAGUACCUGUUGCACGUUGGUGCCCAGAAGUCAGCCCAGACCUUUCUGUCCGAGAUCCGAUGGGAGAAGAACAUUACGCUGGGGGAGCCCCCAGGGUUCCUGCAUUCCUGGUGGUGCAUCCCUUGUGUGAUGGCUUGUGCUAGCCCCAGGGACGGCAGAGAGGACACUCAAGCAGGAAGUGACCUGACCUGGUUUUCAUGGUAUUCCCCACCCCUGCAGAGCUCUGUAGCGGCCCCUAGUCCAGUGAUGGGGAGCAUGGCCCCCAACGACGCAAUGGCAGCAGGCCCCAUGGCACCCGGCUUCUUCCAGGGCCCCCCCGACUCCCAGCAGCCCCCCCACAACCCCAACGCCCCCAUGAUGGGGCCUCACGUUCAGCCCUUCAUGUCACCGCGGUUCCCAGGGGGCCCCCGGCCCGCCCUGCGGAUGCCGAGUCAGCCUCCGGUGGGCCUCCCCGGCUCCCAGCCCCUCCUCCCUGGAGCCAUGGAACCCUCCCCGCGUGCUCAGGGGCAUCCGAGCAUGGGCCCAAUGCAGAGGGUGACACCUCCACGGGGCAUGGCCGGCGUUGGACCCCAGAGCUAUGGAGGUGGCAUGCGGCCCCCACCCAACUCUCUCACCGGCCCGGGCCUGCCCGCCAUGAACAUGGGCCCUGGAGUGCGAGGCCCAUGGGCCAGCCCCAGCGGAAACUCGAUCCCCUAUUCCUCCUCCUCCCCCGGCAGCUACACGUACUCGCCGGGGAUGACCAUGAGCGUGUGA